UUGCAUUACUCUGGCUUUCACAUCUGUGGUGGCUCCAUCCUCAGUGCCUACUGGGUGCUGUCGGCAGCACACUGCUUUGACAGAUGUACCACCCUAUUGGAGGGGACGUGGCGCUAGUGCAAUUGAAGAGCGCCAUCGUAUUUUCUGACUUUGUGCUCCCAAUUUGCUUGCCACCUUCCGACUUGUACCUCAUCAAUCUGUCUUGCUGGACUACCGGAUGGGGAAUGAUCUCGCCACAAGGCGAAACCGGGAACGAGCUAUUGGAAGCCCAGUUGCCACUAAUCCCUAGGUUCCAGUGUCAGCUGCUCUAUGGAUUAAGCUCCUACCUCCUGCCAGAAAUGUUGUGUGCUGCAGACAUCAAGACAAUGAAGAAUGUGUGUGAGGGUGACUCUGGCAGUCCACUGGUAUGUAAGCAGAACCAGACCUGGUUGCAGAUUGGAAUAGUGAGCUGGGGGCGUGGUUGUGCCCAACCCCUGUACCCAGGAGUGUUUGCCAAUGUCUCCUAUUUUUUGAGUUGGAUCCGUUAUCACUUACAAAUCAUACCCAAUCCUCCUCAGAUACUCCCGUCCCUCUCUUCAUCCCCGAAAAACACCUUAAUCAUUUUUGUGACCAUAAUGGGGCACCUGCUGGUUUUGUGAGGACGGAGACGCCCACCCACUUGAGCUGCCACAUGCCCUGUUUCUAUCCUCUCUAGCUCUCAAAUCCUGCUUCCACGCAUCUUGUUCCAUGAAGUCAGGACACUUGUCCCAGACUCUAAGUCUGUAAGAGGCUGAGCAUGAGAUGUGGAGAGGGGCAGGACCAGGAGGGAGAGUUGGGGGAAAGCUAGGGUGAACCAAGAGCUUGGAUUCUACUCAUGUGACAGUCAAAAGUUAUUAAAGAUUUGUGAAACAAAUGCCUCAGAGCUCCCAUCCUCGCUUCAUGCGUGCUCUGGUGUUAUUACAGGCACCUUCCCUGUGCAGUAGGUAGAAAUCCACACAUAGAAAGUAGGUUAUCCAGACACGGUCAGGCAAGUGCCCACCACGUGAAAAGGUAGGUACAGGAGGUUGGAAAGAUGGCUCAGUGGGUAAGAGCACUGGCUUUAUAGAGGACCCAGGUUCAAUUCCCAGAACCAACCUGGUAGCUCACAACCAUUUGUAACUCCAAUUUUAGGGAUCCAGUGCCUAACUCUGGCUUCCACAGGCACCAGACACCAAGGCACACAUGAGGCACACAGACAUACAUGUGGGCAAAACACUCACAUCCAUAUAAUGAAGUUCUGGGGAGGGGGAAGAAAUAUAAAACAAACAGCUUUUCUAGACACUGACCUGGAUAGAUCUAUGGGUACAGCCCAAAUGAGGGGAGAGACCACAGUUUAAAUGUUGUCAAAAAAGAGUUUUGAAAUAUGGAAGUAUCCCAAGUGGGAAAGGAGAAAACAGGAGCUGAGAAUAAGCAGGCACAGGGGAAGAAGCCAAAAGGGUACGUGUGGAAAUGAGUGAGCAGAAACUCCCUAAGCACCAAGUCUGAUGUCUGCAGGAUCUGUGCCCCAGAUUAUGCCCGCCUCAAAUAGAAAAUGUUCCCCCAAAUUUCAUCUCUGCUGAACAUGAUCAGACUCCCCAAACAAUGCAGUGUAACAGUGAUUGGCAUAGCAGACUUACUGUGUUAAGGGUCAUCUGUCACCUGGAGAUGGUGUUAAGUCUAUGGGGGGAACAGUAGCCCAUUCCCAUAAUUCCAGCACUAGAUAUGCAGGAACAGAAAGGUCACGGUUUGAGGCCAGCCUGGCCUACAUAGAGGGAGCCUGUCUGGAAAAAGCACGCAGAAGGAUGUAUGUAGGUUCUCUACAAAGCACAGCAGGUGUCUGAGGGUCUCGGCAUGUGGCAGACUCGGAGGAAAGUGGACCAAGCACUUGUAAAGGAAAACUGACCCUGCACUGAUGCUAAGGGACCACUGGAGUUUGAAAUGUUGCUUUUUUAAAAGAAAAAAAAUUCAAAAUAGCGCGCGCACACACACACACACAAAGGCGGAAGCCACCUACUGAAAAGGGGGGCAUGUAAGAGCUCAAAGAAAGUAUUAUACUUAAUUCUAGCUGUACUGGCUGGUUUUGUGUCAACUUGACACAGCUGGAGUUAUCACAGAGAAAGGAGCUUCAGUU